UGAAAGUUGCUCAGCUUGGGAAACACUGCUCCAAGCAGUUGGGUUGAUUCAAUAAAAUAAGAGUGCCCUACAGUAUUAAGAUUUUAAAAAAUCUUGGUUAGCUUAAUCCGCCAGAAAUCUGCCUCCCCCCCACUUUUUCUUUUAAACUAGUUUAUAAAUGGCGAGCAAAUGAGAUGAAUCCGUGGGAAAGUCCAGGCGUUGGGUGCCAAGUAUACAGCGCUGGUAACCCCUGGCCAGCUUUGGCUGGUUCCAGUCAAUUAAGCAGGGUUGAACUUGGCUAGGGAGGGGGAUGGAAGAGCAUCAGCGAAUGCAGAGCUUUAGGCUGGAAUGCAAGAAGACAGUAGCAAACCGCUUACACCUUUUUGCUACUGACGGUUUAGGAGUUGAGCUUGACCCAAAGAAGAUGUUAACUUUUGGGGUCCCAGGUGAAAGGUGACUGCACCUGGACUUUCGGUAUAACUUUUUGACAGGGAUCACACAUAUUGAUAACCACAUUAUUUGUUGGAUUUUUGAGUUACUGUUUCAUCCAGCCAGGAGAAUAAGCCUUAUAAACCAUAGUAUUUUCCUGAGCGAAUCCAUCCGUCAGUAAACUGGAUAAGCAUACAACACCAAGUUAGAGGUGGGUGAUUGCAUGACAAAAGCCUUGUCUGGGUGUACCUGGAAGGAACUCUAGAAGCUGCCUUAAACCUGACUGAGCUGCUUAUCCCUCAAUCCCAAUAUUGGCUGAUCUAAUUGGCAUAGGCUUCUAGCAGGCUUGCUUUUCUCCAGCAGCCUUGACCCUCUUCAGUUGAAGAGGCUUGGCCCUGAACUUAAAAUCUUCACAAUCAUAAUGCACACUCAGUCACUGAGCUAGAAACCCUCAUAUACCUGAAGGACAAAGGCAAUAUGUCAGAGACAGAAUUAUAGGCUACUGGCAGGGACAUAGGAGGCGUUGAAGAUGCAAAACAAGAGAGCAUAGAUAGGAACAGAACUGAAAUUCAGUGUAGGGAGUGCUUGCUUUGAAUACAGAAAGUCCAUUAAAAUCCUUGGGAUUUCCAGGUAGGCAGAUCAAGUCUGGGUAAUGAGGAAUUUAAAGUUCCCUAAAUUUCCAAGUGAAUUCAUAAAAGUUCCUAAGAUUGUGAUAAAAUGCAACUUCCUGUCUUUUUUUGGGAAUCCAGGUAUUAAAAUGAGGAUAGCAUAUUUAAUAUUUAAGUAUAUACAUGGCUUCUCUUUGAUCCCCUGCAAUGGCAGAAUGCCUAGGCUUGUGGACCACCUGGAGGUGGUGACCCUGCCAGCCAAUCCCUCAAAGGGACUCCCUGUGAAGAAGUAUGCAGAGCACUUUCAACUCCCCAUCCACAUCUGGCCUGAUGUAGGUGCAUGUGAGAACUUUGACAUCGGCGUGGUGGCAUCAUUUGGACGUCUGCUUAGUGAGGACCUCAUCCUGAAGUUCCCCUAUGGCAUGCUGAAUGUCCACCCCAGCUAUCUUCCAAGGUGGCGUGGCCCUGCACCAAUCAUCCACACCGUGCUCCAUGGAGAUACAGUUACUGGGGUUACAAUUAUGCAAAUCAGGCCUAAGAGGUUCGAUGUGGGUCCGAUCAUUAAACAAGAAGAAUUUGCUGUUCCAGCCCAUUGCUCAGCAAAAGAGCUGGAGCCAUUGUUAUCCAAAGAAGGUGCAAACAUGCUGAUUGCCGUUUUGCAAAACUUACCUGAAAGUUUAAGCCAGAAGAAAGAGCAGCCAAAAGAAGGAGUGACUCAUGCUCCUAAAGUCACUAUUGCAAUGAGCUGCAUUCAGUGGGAAGACCAAACUGCUGAGCAGAUACUAAGGAUGCAUCGGGCCUUAGGAGCAAUGAUGCCUCUAAGAACGCUGUGGAUGGGUUCCAGAGUAAAACUUUUGGACUUUGUAGAAGAGGAGAUGCUACCGGAUUUUCCUGAUAAGGUUGUAGCUGAAAAAGAGGCAAUUCCAGGGUCUGUGUUCUACCACAAACAGUUACAGAUCCUGAUGAUCCGGUGCAAGGAAGGUUGGGUUGGAGUCAAAACCAUUAUACAUAAGAAGAAAUUGACAGCAACCGACUUCUACAAUGGCUACUUGCAUUCUUGGUCCCAGCACAAUUCUCAAACGGCUCUCAAGAAUUGCCGGUUUCAGACACUCAAGCUGACCACAGUGAAGAAGCAUCGGAAAGCUUCGCUGCAUGUGCAGAGUGUAUAAACCACUGAUACGAUUCUCAGUAAUGUGUGAAUGUACCAACUUUAUGAGGAGCCAAGCUGGAAAUGCCUCAGCUUUGUAUGAAAUUUGUCCCAGAACUGAUCUUUGAGAAACAGUGAAGGAAGAGAAUAAAUAUGGCAAAGGUGGUGCUGUCUACCUGAUACUGUGGAGUGGAUAACACAAAGGGCAAGUAACCUGAACAGUGUGUUUAUUUUUACUACUUAAAACUUCAAAACACUCUCAGCCUUGCAAGCCUGACUUUCCAGGAACUGUAUCUUCCGCUUCUGGAUCCAUCUUUUUCCGACUUAAAAUACAGUUUAGCAGAGUUAACUAAGUCAAGGACAUAUUUAUUGUAUUAUUGAACAAUAAAUGAUUUUUGUACAUAUGUUUGCAAAGGUGUUUCACACAAAUCAUUGCUAUGGCUGACAUUAUAGAAUGCUGACUUCCGUACUAUAAUUGGAUCCACAUAAAAAUCAGUUCCAAAUGCCCUUCAGAAUCCAGAAUCA